ACUGACAUUUUGGGAAUGUCAAAUGAAAAAUGUGCAACAAAACACAAGCAGGCGGAGGUGGAGGAGAGAGGACACUGGGCCAGUAAGGUGGAGUUUCUCCUGGCUGUGGCGGGAAAUACUGUUGGUCUGGGCAACGUGUGGAGGUUUCCUUACCUCUGCUACAAAAAUGGAGGAGGUGCAUUCCUGGUGCCAUAUCUGGUAUUUGUGGUGACCUGUGGCGUACCUCUGUUUCUGCUGGAGACAACUAUAGGCCAGUUCACCCAGGAGGGCGCCAUCACCUGCUGGAGGAAGCUAUGCCCACUUGCUGAAGGUAUUGGCUAUGGUGGGCAGCUGAUCAUUCUCUACAGCUUGAUGACCUACAUCAUUAUUCUGGCCUGGGCUUUGCUCUACCUGGUGUUCUCCUUCAGCUCACAGCUCCCCUGGGCCAGCUGCAACAACUACUGGAACACAGAUGACUGUGUAGACUUCUCAACACGCAAUAAAACCUCUGAAUGGACCAACCAGACCAACACAACCUCUGCGGCCACAGAGUUCUGGGAACGCAGAGUGCUGGCUAUCUCAGGGGGCAUUGAGGAGAUCGGCAGUAUCAGGUGGGAGGUGCUGUUGUGCCUAAUUGCUAUGUGGAUCAUCUGCUACUUUUGUAUUUGGAAAGGGGUCCGGUCUACAGGAAAGGUGGUGUAUUUCACUGCUACCUUCCCCUAUGUGAUGUUGGUCAUUCUUUUGAUCCGUGGACUCUCUCUUCCCGGGGCUUUACAAGGAGUACUGUUUUAUCUUCUGCCUGAACCCUCACGACUCACAGACCCUCAGGUUUGGAUGGAGGCUGGGACUCAGAUCUUUUUCUCAUAUGGUGUUGGUGUGGGCACAUUAACAGUAUUGGGUAGCUACAACAGUUACCACAACAACUGUUAUACAGACUGUCUGUGGCUCUGUUUACUGAACAGUGGUACCAGUGUGGUUGCUGGGUUUGCAGUCUUCUCUGUGCUGGGAUUCAUGGCUCACGAGCAAGGUGUUCCCAUUGCAGACGUGGCAGAGUCAGGUCCAGGCUUGGCAUUCAUUGCAUACCCUCAGGCUGUAGCCAUGAUGCCACUUCCCCAACUGUGGUCCGUCUGUUUCUUUGUCAUGAUCAUUCUCUUGGGUCUGGACACACAAUUUGUUGCAAUGGAAGUGGUGAUGACAUCCAUCAUAGACAUGUUCCCCACGGUAAUGCGCAGGGCAGGCCGACGGGAGCGUUUCCUCCUCCUCUUCUGCCUCAUGUGCUUCUUCUCUCAGCUAGUCAUGAUCACUGAGGGAGGGAUGUAUUUGUUCCAGCUGUUUGAGUACUAUGCUUCCAACGGAGCCUGCAUAGUCUUUCUCAGUGUGUUUGAAACCCUGGCACUGGGAUGGAUAUUUGGGGCAGAGCGGCUGUAUGGCAUCAUUAAGGAUAUGACGGGUAUGAAUGCCAACCCAUUCUUUAAAAUCUGCUGGCUUUUCCUCACACCACUGGUCUUGCUGGGCUCUUUUAUAUGUUCUUUGGUUGAGUUCCAGCCUCUGACCUUUAAUCGCUGGUACGUGUACCCAACCUGGGCAUACGUGUUGGGCUGGGUACUGGCCCUCUCCUCCAUCCUGCUUGUGCCGGGAUGGGCGCUGUAUAAACUGGGAACUGGGGCUGGGAACCUCAGUCAGCGUUUCCAUCAUCUGUGUCGACCUGAACCCGUCUACUCACUGACACAAACAAGAGAAGCUGAGCUGCAGCACGUCGGAGAGGAAGAUCUAUAACUGUUCACUACCAGUUAAAAUGAAACGCUACUUAAUACUGAACUCUGCUAACUGCAUUCGUAUGUCCAGCAACUGAGAUCUGGCACUGAGCGGGCUGGUUACUGAUUGUGAUAUCACUCUUACUGCCUCUGUACAGUCUACAGGCCAAAGGUUGAAGACAAACACGCCAGUCUUAUUUAUUUCAGCAAUGUCAUGCUUAUCAUGGAAAAUUCUUAAUGUGACGUCAUUGCAAGUGUUGUGGAAAUAUUAAACAUGCACAUUUCUCCUGUCAAUGUCCCACAUUCAAAGUAACAAUAAACUAUUUUAACAUGCAAAGUACACAAUUUCAAAGUGGUAUUUUUGCAGUAAAAGGCUAA